AUGGAGAUUACUAAAUCAUUGCGACGGAUAUUGGAAAGUAUACCAGGUGUUACUACAAUUUUUCUUACUGAUCGUGAUGGGGUAAUUGUAGUUAGUGUGGGCGAAGAGCUUCGAUCAAGGCCGUCACUGAUAUCAAGUCUACAAGCUACUCAAGAUCAGACUGGGAAACUACUCAUUGGUCAUCAUAUUUCCUCAGUAUUUUUCUAUGAGAGUAGUCAACUGGUUAUACUAAAUGUACCACCACUAAUGGCUUUCAUCGUGGCAUCACCGACAGCCAGUACUGGUAGCAUCCUCAAGUUGCGAGAACAGUUGGAACCUUUGUUGCAGUAUAUCGAGAGCAUUGUUCCAGACAUGCCUGGUGGUAAGUUCGUCCUUAUUAGUAACCGGUUCGAUGAAGGACUUUAUCGCUCGAAUUAA